AUGACUGAGGACAACUUCUCCUUGACAAUUGAAUUCAUCCUCACAGGAUUUACAGAUUAUCCAGAACUGAAGACCCUGUUGUUUGUGGUCUUCUCUGCCAUCUAUUUGAUCACCAUGGUGGGGAAUCUUGGUUUGGUAGCCUUGAUUUACAAGGAACAUCAGCUUCACACACCAAUGUACAUCUUUCUGGGAAACCUGGCUCUGAUGGAUGCCUGCUGUUCCUGUGCCAUCACUCCCAAGAUGUUAGAGAACUUCUUUUCUGAGGACAGAACAAUUUCCCUCUAUGAAUGUAUGGUACAAUUUUAUUUUCUCUGUCUUGCUGAAACUACAGACUGCUUUCUUCUGGCAGCAAUGGCCUAUGACCGCUAUGUGGCCAUUUGUAGCCCACUGCAGUACCACACCAGGAUGUCUGAGAAACUCUGCAUUCAGAUGACCUCAGGGGCUUUCAUUGCUGGAAACCUGCAUUCCAUUAUUGAAGUAGGUUUACUGUUUAGGUUAACUUUCUGUAGGUCUCAUCAAAUCAAUCACUUUUUUUGUGAUGUCCUUCCAUUGUAUAGAUUGUCAUGUGUUGACCCUUCUAUCAAUGAAUUGAUGCUAUUCAUGUGGGCAGGCUCGAUUCUAAUUUUUACUAUUUUAGUAAUCCUUAUAUCAUAUUUCUAUAUCCUUUUUACUAUAUUCACAAUGAAAUCCAAAGAGGGAAGAUCCAAAUCCUUAUCUACCUGUGCCUCCCACUUUCUCUCUGUGUCAAUACUCUAUGGUUCUGGCCUCUUCAUGUAUGCUCAACCAAGUUCAGUUAAUGAAGGGGAUAAAAGUAUACCCAUUGCUACUUUUUAUACUCUAGUAAUUCCUUUAUUAAAUCCAUUUAUUUAUAGUCUAAGAAAUCAAGAAGUAAUAAAGGUUAUGAAAAGAUUAAUGAAGAUGAGACCAUAUUGCUACUUUCUGAAACAAGUAUCAUCUUUGUAA